UCCCCAAAGUAACUUAUAUUUGUUGAGCGAUUGCGCUUCUACUCAGCGUUGUUAGAUUAUUAAGGCUGACUUUCGUCCAAGUCGGCCUUGCUACUACGAGCUCCCUUUUGCCUAAGGUCUAAUUUUCGUCAUAGUCUAAAACAGUGGACACGUUGUAUUUCUGAAUCUUACAAAACCAAAUGAAGCCCUAAUUUCAACAUAGACUUCUUACUACCAGAGUUCGAUUUACUUCAAUGUAUUAUAGAAUCACAAAAAUAUCAAAUAACUUCACCAUGAUGACCUCAAAAAUUCAAAACACAUCAAAUUUAGAAACUAGAAAAUUUGGAUUUGCCACGCCAUUCAGGGAGGGGUCAGUGUGAAGUGGCUACGACCAUAAAAAAAUAAAUAGAAAAAUAAAAAAAGUGCCCCCAAAGUUUAGGACCUUUUCUGUUACCAAAUUCCAACAUUUGUCCCCAACGGUCUUACACGAUCCCCGCCUUUUUCGCUUCCCCUCUUCAAUCUUUUCUCAGUCUCUCCCUGCUUCCAGCAAAUCCGCACAUUUCCAGACCUUUUCAGAUCCAAAAAAAUGCUCUCCAUACCACCACCUCCAUUCCUCCUCCCCCUCCUCCUCCUCCUCCAACUCACCGCCACUCUCCUCCUCCUCCUCUUCAAUUUCAAACACUGCACCACCCUCCUCUCCAAUUGCUUUCGAGAUUUUUCGCGUUCCCGGCUCUCGGAUUGGUUCCGAUUGCGUUUUGGGAUCCGCAAAAUGCCCCUUAAGGGCGCCACCCUCCAGGCCUGCGCCGCGUGCAAAUACCAGCGAAGGAAGUGCACGGCGGAGUGCCCCUUGGCGCCCUAUUUCCCGGCGGACCAACCCAAGAUGUACCAAAACGCACACAAGCUAUUCGGAGUCAGCAACAUUUUGAAAAUACUUAAAAAUCUCAACCCUCGCCAGAAGGUUGAGGCCAUGAGGUCCAUCAUAUACCAAGCUAACUUGCGCGACAAGUUUCCGGUUUAUGGGUGCUGGGAGGUGAUCAGGCAGCUCCAGUACCAAAUCCUGGCGGCGGAGGAACAGCUCCAAGCUGUCCACCAACAGCUGGCAAUGUACAGACAGCACCACCACCACCACCACCAGAUUUCGUCCAUGCCAGAAUAUGUGAUGUCACAGUUGGAGCUAGGGAUGGCUCCGCCCAAUAAUCCCCUCGCACUUUUCGACUACAAUCUUCCCCCUUGUAUUCUCACUAAUAACAACAAUGCCACCGCGGUGGCUCCUGUAAAUCAACACCAACAGCAGUCUUACUCUAACAGCAGCUCUGCUGCUUACAACAGUGACUCCAAAGACAAUGUCAACAACAACAACAACAAUGCUGGAAAUCCGUUGUGGAGUUCAAAUCCUUUUAUGACUAACAACAGCAACAACAACAAAAACGAUAAUAACUCCGAGGCGAUUGAAUCUGAACUCGGAGCUCUUCAGCAGCUCUCUAUCCAACCUGACGUUGUUCAUGAUUACAAUGAGUUGCAUCCGUUUUUUGACACCACCGAUGAUAGACAGUCAUACAUUGAUUCCAAAGAGGCUUAUGAUUCAAGCUCGGAAGAAUCGUUCAAGGGCACGACACAAUCGAUGGAGCAUGCAGAGAAUGCAUUGAAGUAUGAUGCAGCAUGCUUUAGUCUUACCAGUGUCAACUGAUGAUCAGUAAGCAUAAACUAGACAAGUAGUGUGGUUCGUCUUCUUCUAUUAUUCAUUGAUUUCUUUCUAUUAUGAAUUUGAUUAUUCAUACGGGAAACCUACAAUUUUGUUUGCUUCUUUUUUUUUUUUUUUUGUUAAUAAAACUCCACAUACUGAGCUCCUUGUUUCUUUUAGCUUCAGUGUUCUACACCUGAGUUUAUAAUCGACUGUUUGUUUAAUCGAAUAAUAUUUCACGUAGUUUUUCAACUUUUGUGAGCUGUAGAAUACAUAUAAAAUAGCUUUGAAACCGAUUGGAAUUGAGUCCUAGAAGCCUGGUGUUGUAUGAACCGCAAGAGGGGGCACUUGUGGUAAAGCCAGUGAAAGGAAGCAGUUCCUCUCUUCUCACAGUCAUUGCAGAGUAUGACCUGCAAUUUGUUUAGCAUGUCAAUGAACAUCUAGGUUUGGAUGUGUUAGAAGCUACUUAGUAUGACAAGAAAAAUAGGAUGACAAACCUGAGUUUGGCCGGCGUACUCUUCUAGGGUUUCCUGUUUAGCCAAAAAUGCAUCCAACAUUUGAAAGUACACCUGCAAGACUAUCAUAUGGUUCGAGAGGCACAAGACAUCACACAACUCAGUUGGAUAGAAUUCAAAGCUUCAGCUCGAGAGAUCAAAGUUUCUUCUAAUCAUAUAGAACAAUCACGACGAUUCACGCGAAUUCUAACCUCUUCCUCCACAUAAUUCUGUAAAUCAGUGUUUUUGUUUCCUAAGUUUAUAUCUUUUUUGAAUAGAGCGUUUGGACGAGGGACUUUAAAGUUCCAUGGAACCGAGGCUACAUUUGUAGGAAAGCACUAGA